AUGUAUCAUUUCAAAACCGAAUCUAGACUAUUUGGUAAAGACAUGGGUGAGGCAAUAGGCGGCGGUGCGAUAGACGGUCCUGGAGUCGGUCCUUGUGGUACCACAGGAAGAUGAGGAGCUGUGCUUGCUGACUCGGACUCGUUUUCCAGGAAUCGAAUGAACUGCUCAGCCAGCGAAACACUCCCAGUCUGGUUUCCCUGGCGUUGAGGGCUUCUGCCGCUGAUCGCUUGCCGAAUUCGGAUAUUUUCUUGUAGCUGCAUAUUCCUAUGGGAAGCACUGGCAGCCUCCCGUUCGUGGUCAGCCGACAGUUCGCGUACUACUUCCUGCAAGCUUGCCAGAGCAUCGUUUGUUUCGAAAUGUUGA